GAGCCAUUCGUCCGCCCAAAGUCAGGCAGACACCCACCUCUACCACCGCUUCGUCCGCAGACCCGCCGUCAAGGCUCUCCAGCCUGUCGUUCACAGACACCACACAUCAUGAGACUUCGUCGGACCAGUGCGCUGUCCCUCUUUGUGGCCCUUAUCGGAGUGGCGCAUUGUGCAGACGACGAGUUUCAUCUCCCCUUUGUUGAUGCUCUUGGCGAUGUGGCAGACCACGCACUCACAAUGGCGAAAAACAUUCUACCAGGUAGAGCAGAAACAUACAUGUGCGCGAACGAGGCCACACCUGCAGUGUGGCUGCGCCAUGAUGCUCAGGUAUCGGUGAUGACGAGAGCGAGCCAUUGGCGGACUCGCUGACCUUCGUGUCGUCCUUUAUCGAGUCACUGAGUGAAAAGGCCUCUGCCCUGAUGUCCGACGGCGUUCAGCUGGCCGCAGGGGCCAUCCUGCUCAACCGAGAGGAGGAGGCUCUGAAGCGCCAGGUGCUGGGCAGCAUGGGCGGUGGCCAACGCGCACUGAACGAUGCCGUCAGUAGCGUGCGAUCGGCGCUGGACGCUAAGAGGUCGGCAAUGGUGCUUGGGGAUGCGCUGAGAGAUGUCAACGACUCGGAGGAGGCGAAAAAGGUCAGAUAUGGCGCAUGAAGCGAAACGACGUGACUGUUCCCAUUCUGCAACUUCUGGUCGGUUCAUUUGGCAUGCAGCUGAUGACGACUUUGCUCGAGACCUCAUCCGAGCAGGGGGGCCUGACAGAUCCUCUAGGAGGAUUCCUUGCACCCCUUGCCGGCGCGCUGAUGCCCAGCGCCCUUCUGUCGAGCGGCGGCGACCUGACAGAGGACAUCCUCGAUAAGCUGGGCGUCGACACCCUCGUCACGGCCGACACCGCCAAGUCGAUCGAGGAGAUCAUUCUGGACACUUUCAUUGGCGACCAUCCCAUUCGGACAGUGGUUGACGCGGCCACCGAGCCAAAGCCGAUGAACGUCAUGCCGUGCGAGCUGGAGCUGGAGGACAUACUGGCCCGCUCGCUGGGGGCUGGCGAGUUGGCGGCACGGAUCGACUUUGGUGACGCGAAGCAGUGCACUCUUCUCAUUAUCGAGACGCCUGCGGUAGGCACCUGGCGUGUGUUGUUUCGGGUGUGUGAAUGGGAUGGUUUGGUUGUCCCUGCCAUGCGCACAUGGGUGCAGGUGAACGUCACUGACACAGAUGACACGGUUGACACCGAGACAACCGACGACACCACGACCGAAAGUGAGCAAUGGCAAUGGUGGGAGCGAGAAAAUGGUGAUGAUACAUACAUGGCAUGGUGUGUACGUGGUUCCUUCAGAGUUCGUCAAGCUCUUGUCGUCUGAUGACAUGCGCACCAUCACUGCCAACUGGGAGCAGGAGGCAGAAGUCUCCGACAUUCUUGAAGACUUCGAGCCGGCCGAAACGGGGUGUCGCGUGCUGCAGUGGGCCGAGAACCUCUCUCCAGUGCCGUUCCCAUCAACAUGUAUGUGUGUGAGCCAAGACGAUACAGGAAAUAGGAACGGAAGACAGGUCCAGUGAGGCGUCUUGAUUCUUUCCUUCGUGGUGCACCUGUGACCGUGUGUGUGGUGUGUGCAGCAUGUGGGACCGAGACACAGACGCUGCUCGGCGGAGACUUCUUCGGAUGCAACUUCGUCCCAUACGAGGCCCCCUCUGACGAAGACGUGAACGAGCCACUCCAUAGACACGCCCACACACGCAUCGAUCGCAUUCGCCGUGCCCUCGUAUACACAUACCUUAUAUACACACACAGGUGUUUGUGGAGUUCUUCCUUAUCCCACAAGGCGCCACGACCGUCCCAUUCGGCGAUGCGGGGCUGCCCACCGACAACGAUCCAGGGGCGGGGGCCGACUUCCUCUGCAACACCAUUCUGGAAGAAUUCCGCGUGCCAGUCAUUGACGCGCUAAAGGAGACGUUCUUCUGCCCUGCUGAUGAGGACGAGUGUGUGAAAGUCAAUGAGGAGUAGCGGAUGCCGGGGGGAUUGGGAUGGAGGGGGGAGGGAGGGGGGGCAGAAGGGAGGGAGAUUAGUUGCCUGUCAUCUUGGUGUUUUGUUCUGCUUUGGGUCUCUCUCUCUGUGCGCGCGCGUGUGGGUGAGGGGGUGAGUGUGUGUGUGUGUGUGGUAAGGAAGAAAGUACGUAGCAUUAGAGGGCCUUUGGUGUCGGGGUGCACACAUUUAUGCCAUCCAUAUAUAUACAUCAAGGUAGGCAGGUAGGGGCGGACACACAGGCUGGUGCCCGAAGGUGAAGGUGGUCUGUGCAUUUGCGUCAAGGGAGCGGAUCGCAGGAAGGAG